AUGUCACCUGCACCUGAUGUUAAUCAUGAAACAAUUAAUUUGAGUUCAACACCGAAUAUAACCAUACUCAAUGGCAUUUCAUCAUCUGAUGAAUCUAAUCAGAAUAUGACUAAAGAACAACUUAUGGAUCUUGGUUCAUUAACUGUUAAUUCAAUAGAAAGUAGAAAUUCACCGGAAGAAGAUGACACUCCAGCAUUAGCCGAAGAUGAUAUACCACAAUUACAGAUAUGUUCAGCUCCAUCAACUCCAACAGGUGAACGUGAUCCACCAGUUAUAUUUCGUAAACCUUCAAUAUUGGCAAUAACUACAAAUACAAGUAGUAAUACAUAUACACUUCCACAGGUUGAAGUUAGAUAUCAAGGUAUUCGAACUAAUAUAAGUACAAAUAGUGAUGAUAGUAAUGGUUUUUUUGAUAAAUUUUUUGGAUGUUUUAAACCAUUUAUAUCUGCAAUGCAUAAAUUUGGUGAAAAUAUAAAAUAUAAUAAAGAAACAACAAAUACAUUAAUAAAAUCGAAUGAUGAUUGGGAAAUUCGAAUUGAUAAUAUAGUAAAUGAUUUUAAACUGAUUGGUGUUGGUAUAGAAGGUUCAGUUUUUCAUGGAAAACUUAAUGGUCAAGAUAUUGCAUGUAAACGAGUUAAAUCUAAAGAAGAAACAAAUAUAAAACAUUUAAAAAAAUUAAAUCAUAUUAAUGUUAUUAAAUUUCGAGGUAUUUCUAUAUCACCACCAUCAUAUUAUAUAAUUAUGGAAUAUUGUGCAAAUGGUUCAUUAUAUGAUAAAUUAAAACAAUAUCGUGAAAUAAGUUCUUCUACAAAAGCAACACAAGUUCUUGAUUGGUCAAGACAAAUAUCAAAUGGUGUUGAUUAUUUACAUUCAAAUAAAAUUGUUCAUCGAGAUUUAAAAUCACCAAAUAUACUUUUUUUUGAUGAAAAUACUUUAAAAAUAUCAGACUUUGGUAUAAGUAAAGAAUUAGUUAGUCGACGAAGUCAGAUUAUGUCAUUUAAUGGAACAAGUGCUUGGAUGGCACCUGAAAUUAUUAAAAAAGAACUUUGUUCAGAAAAAAUUGAUGUUUGGUAA